CUGGCGCGCCUGCGCUUUGAGCCCCUCCUAUUUUAUAAAAGAAAGAAACCAGAGGAAAAUGGCUGCCUUUCUCACUUAAAACCUCUGUCCUUAGAAGAAGAAAUAAAUAUCAAAUACCCGGCGCAUAAUGUCAUCCAGGGUCAAGUUAAUAUCCAUGGAAUAUAAAGGCGUAGAAUACAUGCGUUUUUAGGAUGUUAUGGAGGUCAAGAAUGGAAAAUCGGUUUCAUAUUUAACCCUUUGCAUGCUAUGAUCCGCCUACAAAUGAGAAAAUGAUGCACCAAGUCACUGGCAGCAGCAAUGACUAUUGCAUGAGUGGCCUUGCAGAGGAAUGUCAACACCCAACCAGCCACUUUGACUUAUGUAGCUCGCAAUCCAACAAAUUCUACCCUUCACCUCCACCCCCUACUCUACAGCUGCCCCACCCAAACCUACACAAGCCCAUGCCCUGUCAAAUGCAACAAGAGACCCAGAAUGAGUUCCACCCUCAGACAGUGAGGAUCCGAGGGCCCAGUGAGGCUCCAACUGGGACAGAGAGCUCCAAGAAAAAGAAAGGAGGCGUCGUCAAGUCCGGCCGUAGAGGGAGACCCUCGGGGACCACGAAGUCAGCCGGUUACCGGACAAGCACUGGGCGUCCGUUGGGGACCACAAAAGCUGCUGGGUUCAAGACCAGUCCCGGCAGGCCUCUGGGUACGACCAAAGCGGCAGGCUACAAGGUUAGCCCUGGCAGGCCUCCUGGUAGCAUCAAAACUCUGGCUCGGCUCAAGAAACUGGAGUACGGGAGCUGUGAUGGUACCAAGAAACUAGGCUUCAGUAACUGCGUCGGCGGAGCCAAGAAACUGGACUAUGCCAGCUGUGAUGGUACCAAGAAAUUGGACUAUGCCAGCUUCGAAGUGGCACCUUUCCCUUACAACCUGAUGCAGAAACGAGGCUUGCGUGAGCCUACUGGCAAAGUGGAGGAACCUAACGAGUAGUUAUGCCUGCGUCUCGUAUCUAUUGCCUGGAAAUCAUAUUUGAGUGCUUGUGUUGACGAGCAGGGACUCAUGUAGCCAAAAUAUUGGUUUACUUUUGGAUAUGUCUGGCACUGGUUACUAACGAAUGGCUCCUCCUCUCUUCAUUGCACUCUGCUGAUAUUGUCACCAUGUAAUCUGUCCCUAUCCAAAGACUGAAAUCGCUCUCUUUUUUUCAAUAAGUUUAUCUUAUUUUACAGAAAUUGCAUGAUAAAGCAUAUGAAAAAUACAAUCAAUAUACUUUAGCUAAACAGGAAUGAGAAAUAGCCUACUAUUCGUCAUAAUCUAGUCAAAUGCUCGCUGUCUGGAGAAGGGUUGAUGUUUUGUUUAAAUGUUUAAAUAUCUGACUUUCAUUCAUCUGUUUAUUUUAUGCUCUUGAUAUAAUGUGCUUUUAUCAUUAGUAGUUUGCUUGUCCUCCUGAUGUUUUCCACAUUGAAAAUGCAUCUGAGUAGAAAACAACACAAAACACACUAGCAAAACAUGAAUCUUAGUAGGAAACAACACAAAACACACUAGCAAAACAUGAAUCUUAGUAGGAAACAACACAAAACACACUAGCAAAACAUGAAUCUUAAGCACCUCCCAGAGUGCGUGUGGCAGUGUUUGUGUCUUUUUGUGUUGUAUGGUAUAACAUAUUUUUUAUUUGUAUUUAUACAUAGCAUAUUUAUACACAGGAUUUCAUGCAAUAUAACAUUGUUAUAACAUGUUUUUUGAAAUUGUGCUUGAACUUUUGGGCCUCCCGAGUGGCACAGCGGUCUAAGGCACUCCACCGCAGUGCUAGAGGCGUCACUUCAGACCCGAGUUCGAUCCCGGGCUGUAUCACAACCGGCCGUGAUUGGGAGUCCCAUAGGGUGGUGCACAAUUGGCCCAGCGUCGUCCAAGUUAGUGGAGAUUUUGGCCCGGGGUAGGCCGUCAUUGUAAAUAAGAAUUUGUUCUUAAUGGACUUGCCUGGGUAAAUAAAGAUAAUAAAAUAAACUGACACGAACACAGUGCAUCUGAAACCCUCUCAUAAUACUUAUUUGACGACAAAGGAAUUGUUAUUUCUAACUCUUUGUGAAUAUUAAUGGUUUUGUCUUCUCAAUGUACUGUAUUAUUCUUUGUUCUCACAAGUUAACUAUCAAUUGAUUAAAGCAAACCCAGAAUGGUGUUGAGUAGGAACUAUCAUUUUAACCAACAGAGAAAAUGCUUUAUGGUGGGUUAUGUGUAAUGAUAAGAUAGUCUUCUGUAUGUAUGACCAAAAAUUAAAGUGAAAUGGUCAUUCUUAAAUGAUAUUGUGUUGACUGUCACUAAUAUUUUAAUAGUGUAGUGUAUAAACAACAGUGUAGAUCAUUUCCUGUUGUAAAGUGCAGACAAAAAUCUGUAUCUUAUCAUAUCAUGGGGUCCAGGUCCCCCUAUGAGCCAGUGGACUCCACCUUUAUAAAACACUGAUUGCAUGUCCAACCACUCUAAAAUAAAUAUAAGAAAUACUGUUUUAAUCCUGA